AUGACCAGAGUAAAAAUCCUGCAGAUAAAUUGUAAUAGGAGCUAUCCAGCUUACGACCUCGCCCUGGCUACAGCCAAAGAAAUGGGGAAAGAUGUCGAUGCAGCUAUAAAAGUCACAGACCCAGGAAUAGUUGUAACAGGACAGGGCAAAGGCAAAGGCUUUUCCUAUAUUGUCACUCCAUCCUUCAGCAUCUAUGGGUGUUAUGCCUCUCCCAACAAACAGGUUGAAGAACUAGAAGAAACCCUGGAACAGAUUCAAAGCAUCAUGAGAUCUAGAUGCGACGAAUUCAUAGUCGUAGGAGACUUUAAUGCCAAAUUCCCGCAGUGGGGCAUGAAGACAACGGACAAAAGAGGUCAUAUUCUGAUAGAAUGGAUUGCACAGCACGACCUUAAUGUAAAAAAUGUUGGUAAUAAGGCAACUUUUUACAGAAAAGAAUAUGGAUCUAUACUCGAUUGA